GGAUGUGCAUCCAGUGAUCUUGCUGAAGGAACUUCACUCAUUCAAAUUCCCUCCGGUUCGCGGCGUAGGAAAAGCCGUUCGUUCUCGGUUUCUUCUGAGAGCUCUCCGAAGAAGUUGGAUAGACGGCGAUCGAAGAGAUUUCGUACAGAAUCUGACGGCGCUCUCAAUCUACGAGAAGCUCUUAAAUUACCCUUAACGAGGCAUGUGGAUGCUGCUGAUACGGAUGCUAGAAGUUUCACUGCUCAAUCGAAUCGGCUUCAACCAUCCCGUAGCGAUGACGAAAUGAACACCACUCCAUCUCACGUAGACAAUUCGACGACUGUUUUGCCAAACACCGCUCCCGCGAAGACCGGAGGGGAAGUAGCUUCACCUAACUCCGCUUUGAAA